GAAAAAAAAUUCUUCAUCACGUGAAUUGGCAUCUUGUUGCCAGUUUUUGGCUAACAAGACACUGGCCUCCGCAGCUGCCGCUCUCUUUAGUUCUUUAUUGCCUGCUAGUGAACAUCGAGGUCAGCAGGACCAACUGCAGGUUUGAGAUAAUCCCCAGAUUGCCACCCUUAUUUUAAGACGGCAGGAGAAGUUAAGGUCGGUGUAGGAACCUAAAAAUGGAUCGGGUUCCUCUCCCGAGGGGCGGCGGGUCCAAGCGGCCUCCUCGGGCGGUAUCCAAUCCCCCUCCCCCAUCGGUGAAGAGGCCCUAGGGUAGGGAGGGUGGCACUGAAGAGAUCACCCAUGGCCCCCACUCGUGAUCCGCUUGUGGCUUUGCUAACGUCACGCGUCUCUGCUUGGGCUUUUUAAGAGUUAGAUUUUUCUCUUUCGUAGCGUAGAUGCUAGCUAGAAUACAUGACAAUAGUGGAGUAUUGGGUUAUCUGUGCCGGAAUAUUGUCAAGUUUUUCAAAAUAGCUUCUAUCUGUCAUGUCAUCAUUAAGAUUUGGAUCUCACAUUUUCAUCAUACAACGCAUGAAUGCUUGGGCUGCAGUAGCAGUAAGGCGUUAGUCAAGAAUAUCAAAAUUAGAUGUGAUCUGUAUGAUCUCCCCUACUUUUUCUUCUCCCUUGCUGUUGUCCUCCGUGCGUGGCGAUGCAGACAAAAAGCGGGCGCUGGGUUCCGGCAAGCCGAGCGAAGGGGUGGCGACGUCCCUUCGCUUUUCUUCUCAGCCGAGCUCUUUUUGGCCCGAUCAUUACGGAGGCGAGGCACAGCCCGAUUCUCCGGUUAAGAUGUCGCCGGUUUCCGAGCGCAUCAAGGCUUUGGAGGCUCUUGCUGCUAAAAAGGAGAGCAGUUUUCGAAGUGACUCUUUCUCAUACCGCCACCGCGACAAAACUCCCUCGGAUGGGGCGAAGAAGGUUCUAACCAAAAGCUCUCCUGAUCAGGAUUCACCCGAAUCACCCUUUGAGGUGCUCGGAGAGUUGAGACAAAUGAAUGAAUUUGAAGAAACGGAAACCUGGAUGAAGGCUCAUCUGCCGCCAGUGCCGGACUUUUGCAGUGUAGACUUAGUUUCUUCCGACUGUAAACUGACCGAUGAAAGUUCUGGUCUUGUUAGUGUCUCAAAUGCUUUCGCUGAGCCUUCCUGCGAUGCUCCAAAACAGGAGGAACCACAGACAGGAGUUAGUGUUGAGAAGGCAGACUUUGACCUCAACUUUCUACCAACAGCCCAUGUGUGGGUUCAGCCGGACAAGUCAUGUGCACAAUCUUCAUCGCAGCUAGACUCCAGCUUGGAGUCUCCUUCUGGCUCCCCUCCGGAUGACAAAACCACCACUUGGACUAGGGAUCCGGAGCCUGCAGAAGUUAAGGAACCGGAUAGUUCGGGGGAGUCUGAUGAAACCGUGAUUGAAGAUACCUUAGCUCAUGUUGUCCCCGCUGCAAAUUCGGAUUCUCCUCCAUCCUCUCCAGAGACCUCUUCCCCUGACGCGGAAAGGGUGGCGCCUCCAGUUAGGUCAGAAAGAAAGUUAAUGCAGGUUCCUACCAUCAAUGUCAUUGAAACCGAAGAGCCAAACUGCAGCGACGAUGAGUUUGAAAUGGAAUAUGAGGAAGAAGACCACGAGGCUGUUGACGAGGGAGCAAAAACUGUUGAAACAGCACCAGGGGAUAGCCUUGAAACCGCUAAGAGAAGGCCCUUAGAAACUGAAUUCAUGGAAGGCUACUCUCCUCCUUCCUCUCCUGUUGAAUCUGACGAGGAACAUGCUCCUCAAGAAACGAUCAUCAAUCCUCCACCAGAUGCAGUCUUGGAGAAAUCAACAGAUCAAGACUCUACAUUCGAUUUGUCCCUAGCUCAACCUGCUAAUCCAGAGACUGCAACAGAUUUUUUGAUCAGCGCAGACAAAGAAAUGGAUUCUCCUGGAAAUGAUGAUGUUGAAUGGUCAGAUGAAGCGCAACAAAAAUUGUUUGGAGAAGACCAAGUCGAUAUAACCGCCUGCAACGACAAGGACAACCCUUUCUUUUCUAGAAACAGUUUUAUGCGAGAGGAUACUUAUGAGGGGCAGUCGUUUGAGUAUGAACCAUCAUCUUUCUUUGAGAAAGAUGCUAGAGACGACUUUAUUUUGGACUCUGUCGAUACAAAACCUCAUGACGCGAUCACAUCCGAUACAAGUUCUUCGCCUCACAACCCACGUGAUAUUGCACACACGACCGGGUCCGAUAGCGACUCUGACUCUCGGCCCAUUGAUAGUUUUGUGGAAUUUAUGAGAGAGUGUCUCAAAACGAGGGAGGGUGAAGAACCAGAUGACUCUCAAAGUCCGCAGUCCCUUGCAAAUGUGCCAAUGGUUCCGGAAGAGGAACAGGUUAGUAUCUGUGCUCUUAAAGAGUUGGACAACAGUCAAGCGGCGAAGGAGGAAACGCUAGCCCCUCAAUCUGAGACAUUGGAAAACUCGAGCGCUGCAUGUCUUCAGCAAGAGUCACGCGAGAACACGCCUGGGACAUAUUCUGAAGAGGUAGAUGCUGUGGACGUAUGGGUAGCGGAGGCCUAUCAUCUUGCGGCGCAUGUCUUGAUGUCCGUACUAACCCACGAUUCAGUCAAGGAUCUGAUUUAUUGGCGGGACCCCAAGAAAUCCGGCGUGGUGUUCGGCUUGUCCAUGCUGGUGCUCCUGUCCUUGGCCGCCUUCAGCGUCAUCAGCGUGGUGUCCUACCUGCUCCUGGCGUUGCUCUGCGUCACCAUCACCUUCCGCAUCUACAAAUCGGUGGUCCAGGCGGUGAAGAAGUCCAGCGAUGGACACCCCUUCAAACCGCUGCUGGAGAAGGAUGUCAGCAUUUCCGCCGAGACCUUCCGCAAGCACGUGGACACGAGUCUGACCUACAUUAAUCGAGGCCUGAAGCAGAUGAGCCGCCUCUUUUUGGUGGAGGACCUGGUGGACUCGCUAAAGUUGGCUGUGGUCAUGUGGCUCCUGACCUACGUGGGCGCCAUCUUCAACGGCAUCACCAUACUCAUCCUCGCGGACAUCCUGCUUUUCGCCGUACCGCCCAUCUACGAGAAGAACAAGACGCAGAUCGACCAGUACGUGGACCUGGCCCGUACCCGGAUCAACGCCACUGUUGCCAAGUUGCAGGAGAAACUGCCCGGAGCGGUGAAGCGCAGCAAAACCGAAUGAUUCAUUUCUUUUAAAAAAGAGAAGAAAAAAAACCAGACGAAUCUUCCGAUCCAUGGACACCCCAAGCACCACCCAUCUACACUGAAGCUCCUAGGUAGAAAAAAAAAAAUCUCUUAUUUAAUAUCAAAACUACUGCGCUAGGCUAACGGCGCGUCAACUACACUGAAUCUCUGGCCUGCUCCGCUUAGAUUAGGGUCUUCCCUUUUUUUGCCGUUUUUUCACGUGUGCCCGCACUGAUCUUUCGUCUCUUUCCGUCAAUCUGCAUGUAUAUACACCGAUGACUAAUACGGUCGUUUUACGACGACGUCGAAAGACGCGCUCGUAGCUUUUCGGACCGGCGUAGUUUUCAGUUUUCUUCUUUUUCGCGUCAAACCCACGAGAGAACGAGACUAGUGUUUCCGUCGGUCCCGUUGAGUGAAUUUUACCGGUCCGACGUUCCCCCGCCGCGGAAGGCUCGCCGGCGCAGGAUCGCCUCCUCCCCCACGCUACGUUUCGGCUCGAUACGGAGGCUCGGCGGUUUUUCUUUUCUCGCGCAAAACGGGCUGAUCCGGAUGGGGAUUAACGCUGCACUUGGUGUGUUCUGUAUAGCUUCUAAGGCUCUCCUUUUUAUUGUUAUGUUUGGAUUUAUUGGGUGACUGAUGUUCCAGGAGAGGAAAAACUAAAUAGGAGACAUUUUGUGCUUACUGUACUGUAUUAUACAUGUUCAAGUUAAUUGAAUAAAAAUGUUUAAGGACUGUC